CUUCCACUUCCUCUUCGCUUGCGCUCUGAUGGCGUGGACAGUUGGACUUCCUUUUUGUUUCUUCGUUUCUUCCUGUAGCGUCACCGGGAACUUGGGCUCCUCCGGCCUUCGGCUCUCUCUCCGUCCCGACGUCUCCCGUGGCUCCUUUCUGCUCCUAUAGCCGCGGAGAGCUGAGUUGCCCCCGGGGGUCGGGGGUCUGUGCUGAGCGGAGCCGGCUGCCAGAUCGUGCCUCGGGCGAUUCUCUUGGCAGGUGCCUGCCUGGUCGGGCCCUUCCUGGGCUAGCGGUCCCCAACUGGCCCCCGAUCCUCUCUGGCCGCUCCCCGCCUGCAGGGAAGGAGAGCUUCUGCUGCCCCUGAGCGCCCUCCUGCCGCGUCCGGGUCAGGCUCCCCUCGGCCUGUGUUGGGAAUGGGCUGGAAGCGCAAGUGCUGCUCGUGCGCCUGGUCCUGGAAGCGGGACCCGAGUUAUUGGGGAGCGCGGGAGGGCUAGUUGUGGCCCUGCUCUGGCCGGGGCAGGGAAGCCUAACUCUUGUCUUUGAUCGCUUUCUUUCCCAGUUGUGCUUUGUGAGCCCUCUGUCUUCUCUCGGGGAAGCGGAAUGGCUCCGGUGUUCGUGACUGCUCCGGGCUACAGAAAGAUCCCAAGAGAAUCAGUGACAUUCAAGGAUGUGACUGUGCAUUUUACCCAGGAAGAGUGGGGAAACCUGGACCCUUCUCAGAAAGAGUUGUACAAGGAUGUGAUGUUGGAGAAUUAUAAGAACCUUGUCUUCCUAGGACUUACAGUUUGGAAACCAGAUGUGAUCUCCCAUUUGGAAGAAGGAGAAACACCUUGGAUACAGGACCCAGAAAUACUUUGGAGUAAUUGUCCAGAUUGGGAGACUGGGUCUGGAACUAAGCAGUUAACAGAGAAAAAACUCAGAAGGGAUGGUUCCUAUGUCUUUAAAUUAGGAGAAACUUUGAAAUAUUAUGUCAAUUUGGAAAAGCAGGAGCAGAACCAUGAGGAGAAACAUUUUAGAAUUCCUAUUGGAGAAAAUCUUCAUAAAAGUCAUGAAUAUACCAAGGCCUUUUGGAACACACACAUGGUCGAUCAUCAAACAAUUCACAGUAGAGAGAAACCUUAUGAAUGUAAUUAUUGUGGAAAGGCCUUCCGAUCAAGCUCAUACCUUAUUCAACAUCAGAGAACUCAUACUGGGGAGAAACCUUAUGAGUGCAGUGAUUGUGGAAAAACUUUUCGCUGGAGCUCACAGUUUACUCAACAUCAGAGACUGCAUAGUGGAGUGAAACUUUAUAAAUGCAAUGAUUGUGGGAAGGUAUUCCCGAAUAGGACAUACCUUACUGAACAUCAGAGAAUUCAUACUGGAGAGAAGCCUUUUGAAUGUAAUGAUUGUGGGAGAACCUUCCGUUGGAGUUCACAGUUUACUCAACAUCAAAGACUGCAUACUGGAGUGAAACUUUUUAAAUGUAAUGAUUGUGGGAAGGUGUUCCCCAAUAAGACAUAUCUUAGUGAACAUCAGAGAAUUCACACUGGAGAGAAGCCUUAUGAAUGUAAUGACUGUGGGAAGACCUUCCGAUGGAGUUCACAGUUAACUCUUCAUCAGAGAACUCAUACUGGAGAGAAACCUUAUAAAUGUAACAAUUGUGAAAGGGCCUUCCGUAGCAAAUUACAUCUUACUCGACAUCAGCGACUUCAUACUGGGGAGAAACCUUAUGCAUGUCAUGAAUGUGGUGAAUCCUUCCGAUGGAGCUCACAGUUGACUGUACAUCGGAAAAUUCAUACUGGAGAUGCUCCUUACAAAUGUGAUGAUUGUGGAAAAGUCUUUUGCUGGAGCUCACAGUUUAUUGAACACCAAAGAAUCCAUACUGGAGAAAAACCCUACAAAUGUAAUGAUUGUGGAAAGGCCUUUGGCUGGCUCUCACAGUUUACUAGACAUCUAAGAAUACAUACAGGAGAAAAAACAUAUAAAUGUUAUGAAUGUGGAAAAACUUUCCUUGACAGCACAUAUCUUACUGAACAUCAAAGAAUUCAUACUGGAGAGAAACCUUAUGAAUGUAAUGAUUGUGGAAAAGUCUUCCACUGGAGUUCAUAUCUUACUCAACAUCAGAAAACUCAUACUGGUGAGAAACCUUAUAAAUGUAAUGAAUGUGGAAAAGAAUUCUGCUGGAGAUCACAGUUUACUCAACAUCAGAGACAGCAUACUGGAUUAAAGUUAUAUAAGUGCAAUGAUUGUGGGAAAUCCUUCCUUAACAAGACAUAUCUUACUCAACAUAGGAGGACUCAUACAAGAGAGAAGCCCUAUAAGUGUAAUGAGUGUGGAAAGAACUUCCGCUGGAGCUCACAGUUUACUCAACAUCAGAGACUCCACACAGGAGUGAAAUUGUAUCCCUGUAAUGAUUGUGGGAAGUCAUUCCUUAGUAACACAUACCUUACUCAACAUAAGAGGACUCAUACAAGAGAGAAGCCUUAUAAGUGUAAUGACUGCGGGAGGACCUUCAGAUGGAGCUCACAGUUUACUCAGCAUCAAAGACUACAUACUGGAGUGAAACUUUUUAAAUGUGAUGAUUGUGGGAAGGUAUUUCCCAAUAAGACAUAUCUAAGUGAACAUCAAAGAAUUCAUACUGGAGAGAAGCCUUUUGAAUGUAAUAAUUGUGGGAGGGCCUUCCGAUGGAGUUCCCAAUUAACUAUACAUCAGAGAACUCAUACCGGAGAGAAGCCUUAUAAAUGUAACAACUGUGAGAAAGCUUUCCGUUGCAAAUUAAAUCUUAAUCGACAUCAGAGAAUUCAUGCAGGAAAACAAUAAGUGUAAAAAUUGUCAGUGGCUUUUGGCUAGCCUUUUCAACAUAUAUGACAUCUGUGAAUUCAUACAGGAAAAAAAAUACUUAUAAAUGUUACACAUGCAGAAAGACUACUCAAAAAAUACAUAUUACUGAAAAUUAGAGAAUUCAUACUGGAGAAAAGUCAUCUGGAUGUAAUACUUGUGGAAAACCUUCCAUAUUAAUUCACAUCUUACUAGACAUAAGAGACUUCAAACUGGAAAAGGAACUUUUUGAGUAUGGGAGCAUUUUUCACUGGCACUCACAGUUUACAUAGUAUCAGAAUACAAACUCUUAUGAUAGUUGUACUUGUGAGAAUUUUUUCUUAAGUGAUUACUGAAAAUCAGAGAUUAAGUACUGCAGAGAAAAAGUAUAAAUAUGGACGGGUCUUUCACAAAAAGUGAGCUUUAAAUCACCAUCACUUCACUAAUACUGGAGAGAAAUCCUAUAAAUGACUAUGGAAAGACCUCUUCAACAUCAUAGUGCUUAUGUUAGAAAAACUUAUGGAUAGAAACUUGUGAAUAUAAUUGAGAAGGCUUUCAGCUAAUUGAGCUGAGUCUGGAAGGAAAUCAGGAAUUAAAUGAGAUUUAAGCUAAGAGUACAAUUCAGAGUAUGGAAUUCAGAGAGUUAGUUGGAUCAAUAUCUUAUCAACAUUCUUCUGAAUUCAUUUCCCUCCACCUACUCCUCCCUUCCCUAUUGCCAUAUAGAUUAAGAUAAUUCUUGCUCUGAAAGGGAAGGAAACUAUCCCCAAGACUUAUUCCUUAGGUAAGCUAAGGCUCAAGCUAUCUAGCUCUCAAUACAACUUCUCUAAGCUAUGUUAAGGUAGUUUCCUGAUCACCUAAGAACAUAAAAAAUAUGGACUUCCAAUUCUUGGGGAUUUAGCACAUUUUUCUCUGCUAAUCAGAUUUGUUUCCGUAUGUAAAUGAAAGGUGGCUUGUCUACCCAAGCUAAGUGUUGCAUCCUUUUAAAGUAUUUUUUUUUUUAUGUUAUGACUAAGCAGAUCUUUAAUCACUGAAUGAGUAUGACUAUCUCAUGCCAUUACAAUAUUUGACUUAAACUAGUGGACCAGCUUGAGACAGGCCUGGUCUACGACAUUCACUAUAUCUGGAUCAAAGUGCAUGGAGAGGAGUAACAUGUAAGUAUACCAGAGAGGUAAGAAGGGUCCUGAAUGUAAAGAACUUUUAAUGACAGAGAUGGUUUUAUUUUAGAGGCAUUAAGGAGCCAGUAAAGUUAUGUAGGAUAAGUAAUGUUGUCAGCAAGAAAAUCAGUGGAUGUGUGGAGGAUGGAUUUGAGUAGGAAGAAACUUAAAGCAAAGAAACCAAAUAGCAGGCUAAGUGAGAAGUCUGAUGAGAACCCGAAUAUAGGUAUAGAAAAUGGAAAUAUGAGCAUCUUUGUAGAGUGAAAAUUGGCAAGAUUUUUGACAGCUGUUUAGAAUUUUGGAAUAAGAAUAAAUAAUUUGAGCAUUGCACAGGUUGAGAACCAAAAUGAUUAAAAGGAAUGGUGUCCUAUAUAGUAUUAAGAACAUUCUGAUAAACAAUGGGUUCAGGAAGGUGAAAAGAUAAUGAAUUCUAUCAUCUACCUGAGAUACUUGUGGGGAAAUCCGGUUAAAAUGCCUGUUAGUAUGGUUGAUGUGUGAUUUGGAACUGAAGCUCAGGGGAGAGCUCUGGUUGGAUAUAUAAUGGAAUUUUUCUGCUUCCAGAUGAUAAAUAUAUUUUUAGGAUAUGAGAUAGCUAAAGAAGACAAGAUAGAGAAAAGAAGGCCCACAACAGAAUCUUGUAUUGUACCCCUAUUGGUGGACAUGUUACAGAUGAAGACUGAGCAAAGGAGAAGAAAGAAUGAUCACCCAAAUUAGAGGAAAACCAGGAGAAAAUAGUAUUAAGAAAAUCCAGAAAGAAAGAUGUGAUAAACACUAUGUCAAGUACUGCAAAUGAGUCAAGAAAGAUGGUACUACUUGUUAGGUUAUACUCAGAAAGUUCGGGGAUAAGUUAGAUUAGAUGGCAGUUGACCCUUUGAAUUCUAGAAUCUGAAAAUUGAGUACUUUCAACCGGAUUUUUUUUUUUAACCAUUUAAAAAUUGCAAGUUAUUUGUCAUCAGUAAUCAGACUACAAAAUUUUUUUUUCACAUAAAUCAUUAACAUUUUAAAAAGUAAAACCACACAAAUUCACAACAGAAAAUGGUUUUUCCAUUUGUUCUAGAUCCCCUUUUAGGAUUCUGAAUCUUUUCUAUCUUUAGCUUUUUGUCAUAGUCCUUGACCCCAUUGAUUGUCCAUUUGCAAUGUCAGUCCAAACAUACAAGAUUCCAGAAGUUUUGGUGCAGUUUUAAGUCAAACUAGCCUUAGAACUUCACAAAAAUUUUUGGGAUCAGAUACACACAUACCCCUUUCAGUGAGUGUGUGUAUACACACACACACACACACACACACACACACACACAUAUAUAUAGGUGUACAUAUACACACACAGGUACAUAUAUAUACAUUGAUGGAUGAGUCCUGUAGAUUGGCUAAUUAAUUUUUAUAUCAUAUUCCAGAUAAUAGAUGUUCUUUAUCCACUUUGAGUUUUUUGUGUGGAUAAUUAGGCUAAACUGUAAUUUUUAUAUCUCAUUUAGAAGAUUCUUCAGUGUUCUGAGAUUUGAGAUUAUCAAUACAAUGAAUGUCAUUCACAAGAGCAUCUAAAGAACCUCACCACCUAUUGGGAGUGAUAUAUAAAUACUGAUAUAUUUCAAAAGAAAGUUAUAUUCAAUGUAUGUACAAUUUUGCUUAUACUUUAUCAUUUUGUAGAGGACAUUUUAUACUGCUUUUUUCAUUUUAUAUUUUCUAAUUAGUAGCAUGAUUGUUUUGCAUUAAUAUUAUCAUACUUUAUUCAACCAUCCUAUCAAUAUGUUUAUAUGUUUGAGGAAGAGAGAGUGUGUGUGUGUAUGUUACUGGCAAUUUUGCUCUUACAUAAAGCUGCUCAGUAUAUUGUGGAAUAGAGUCUUUUUUCUUUUUUUAUUACAAAUUUAGUAUGAUGUCCUUUUAUGGUAUUGUUAGGUUAAAAUAUCUGGGCAAUAUUUUCACUUUUUGAAUAUUGUCACAUUCCUAAAUGUUUACAACUUUACCAUCUCAUUAUUUAAUGAUCUACUUUCCCCACAAUCCUCAUUAGGAUUUUCUGAAGGUAUUGUGUUCAUUAUCUCAAUUAAAUUUUUAAUUUGAUGAGUCCAGAGACUAUCUGUAAAAGGAAACCGUGCCCAUCAAUUGGGGAAUGACUGAACACAUUAUAGUAGAAGAUUAUAAUGAAUAUUAUAGUAAUAUAAGAAAUGAUAGAAAGGAUGGUCUUGGAAAAACUGAAGAGGCUUGUGUGAAUUGAUGUGAGAAACAAUACUGCAAAGACAACUUUAAACAAAUAAAAAUUAGAGAGGACUGAUGAAGAAGAAUUCUAUCAAUUUCUUGAUGGAAAAGUAAUGGGCUCAAGUUAUAGAAUACAUUGGAGUUGAGAUCAUUUUUUUGAUACAUUCAAUAUGGGAAUUAAUUUUAUUCAUCAUCAUGUAUAUUAGAAAAAAAGGUGAAACUAUCCUGUUUGGCAGUAUCUCUUAAGUUUAAAAGUAGUAUAGGAAUUUUCUAUUGCUUUUCUUCAAUUUUCUUUAAAAGCAUAACAGAUAUGGAACUAGAGAGAUAGAAGGAAAUAUAGCUAAGUUCUUCCUUCUUCCUGCCCCCUAAACUCCCUUCAAAACAGCUUUAGAAAACAAAUUAGACUCUUCAAGUAAAAAUCCUUGAAAAAAGUUAGUCAUUUUUCUAGUCCAUGUCUGCAUAUGGAAAUAAGUCUCUGUUCACUGAGGAUUGAUUGGCCACAAAUAUGCUUUGUGCUAAAGCACUCCAAUGUAAGGAAAGGUUGUGCCCAAGGUAAGACUUGGUCCCCAAUCCAUAUAUGCAGGCUUUAAUAACAGAUGCCAUUUGGCAGUUUUGUUGCCUACCUAUCUGGUUCUAAAUCCCAGGUCCAAAGUAAACUGAAGAAGGGACCUUUGGCCAAGAUUAUGAGAACAGGUCCUGGACUGUUGGAGUGAGAUCAAGUUUAAAAACAAAGCAGAAGUAUGACCUAUAUCUCAGGAGCACAGUGAAGUCUCAUUUCCAACCUCUAGUCCCGACUGAAUCCUGCAGAGGAUAACCAACACAGGAUCGAAAAGAAGCCUGCACUUUUCUCAAUUACUAACUGGCGAACAGUGGCUGAGUCAAGCAGUAGGGUAUACUUAACUUCUUCAGAUCCAGGUAAGGAAUUUGCAGAGUUCAGAGCCAAGGUGCAACACUUUGCUCUAGAUCAGGCCACUUUGGAAGCCCUGAGUUUGCAGGUCUCCAGACUCAGCUUCCCUGGAUACCACACAAGAAAGCAACUGUAAUAGCCCAGACUUUCCCUCCAGGAAUACUGCAGAGCCUAGACCUGAUGUCAAGUCAGAAAUCAGAAAGUAGGCUAGAAUAAGUAAACAAAAAGAAUCCUACCAUAAGAAAGCUAUUUGAUAAGACUCCUAAAAUAAACCUGGUUACAACCUGGUAAAGAAUGAGUCUAAUAUACCUACAAGGGAAAUCUCAAAGAAAACAGCUUAGGCACAAAUUCAACUAGAAUUCCCUAGAAGAGAUAAAGCAAGAGUUUUUUUUUUGUUUUGUUUUGUUUUUUUUUUUGGUAAGACAAUUAACCUUAAGUGAAUUACUCAGGGCAAGUGUCCGAGGCUGGAUUUGAACUCUAGGUCCUUCCAACUUCAGGGCCAAGUGUUCUAUCCAUGGUCUCAUUUAACUGCCCCAAAGCAAGAUUUUAAAAUGUUUUUAGAAAUGGAAUGAGUCCUUGAGGAAAAAAUUUGGAGAGUUAUAGAAAAAAAAUUGAAAAGGGAAUUAUAAGCUUGGCAUAAGGUUAUAAAAUCUUGCUCAGGAAACAAAUUCUCUGAAAAUUCGAAUAGACCAAAACAGUUCCAUGAGAUAAUCAAAAGCAUUCAGAAUUUAAAAGAUUGAAAAUAUGAGUUAUCAGCAAAAACAAUUGACCUGAAAAAAAUGAAUUAAAGAGAGAAAAAUUUGUAUUCAUUGGAGUACUUAAACAGAAAGAGACCAAAAUCUUAAAAGUUAUUCAUAGUUCUUAGAAACCUCAAAAGAAAAACUCCCAGGAACGUCAUAGCCAAAAUCUAGAAUCUCCAAAUUUAAGAAAAAGUGCCAGCAACCUGAAGUUGAAUUCAGGUACAGUGAGGAAGCAGGACCACAUCCAAUUUAACUAUCUCUACCAUGAAAGUGGAGAAAGCUUGAAAUACAAAUUACAGAAGAUAAGCAACAUAGCCAAGAAUAACUUGGAAGCAAAGCAUAUUCCUCAGGGAAGAAAACAAACUAUAAUGAAAGAGGACUUUCAAGCAUUACUUGUGAAAAGACCAGAACUUUAUUGAAACUUUAAAGUUCAAACACAGGCAUGAAGAGAAAUAAGGCAAAUAAAAGGCAAUGUGAAUUGAUAGUCAUAAAGGACUAAACAAAAAUGAAUGGUUUACAUUAAAAUAUGGGGAAAUUAUUCAUGUGUCCCUUCUGACACUCAUCAGUAGAAGUCAUAAAAAGACUCUAGAGAGAAUGCCUUUGGGAGUUCUUUUAUGUCUUACUAAUCUUAAGAGCAAUGGAAAGAAGGGAAGAAUAAUAUACUGGGAAGAAAAAG